UUUUUAUUUAUUUUUUUUAUUUUUUAUCCCCUCUCCCGUUUCCUCGGCGACUUUUUCCUGGAAGCGGCGAUCGGAGAUUCCGCAGCCGCCGACGAUUUAACCUCCCGCCGCCACCUUUUUGAUUCACUCGCCGGAGAUCUUACUUGGAUUUUGCAUUCCUUUCAGGUUAAUUUGGUCCUUCUAAGGGAGGAAGCCGUAAAGAAAUUUUUCUUGGGUGCCCCGAUGUGCAGAACUGAUGUUAUUGGCAGUCGAAGGAGGAGGAUUCUUCUCUUCUUCAGCUUCUGGGUAUAGCAAGGGUCUGACCCUUCUUCUCUUGGGUCAGAAGAACGAAGAUAAACCCAUGAGAGUUUCUCCGUGGAAUCAGUACCAGUUGGUGGACCAAGAAUCCGAUCCUAACCUCCAGCUGGCUUCCACGAAGAACUGGCUUCCCCGCGGGUGCGCCUCCUUUGUCUGCUUUGGUCGCGCUUCCGCAGGGCUUGAUACCUCAUCGGCUCUUAAAGUGGGCCCUGCCCAUCAGCAGGAUGUCUUGCCGGGGCCUCUUGUUUCUGACAGGGGCAAGGAUUUUACUCCUGAUCUAGAUGAUGAUAGUAAUGCAAGAAAGGUUGCUCUUAAAAGUAGCUUGAGGAAGUCGUCAAAUAAAGCUCCUGUAUCUGUUGAGAAUGCUAAUGAACGUGGAGCAUUGGGCAAAAAGGGUAGUGAUAUCCCUGGUCAUACAGAAAGGAGGAAAGUGCAGUGGACAGAUGCUUGUGGGAGCGAGCUUGUUGAGAUCAAGGAAUUUGAGCCCAGUGAAAUGGAUGGAUCGGAUGACGACUUUGACAAUGGGAAUGCAAGAAGUUGUUCCUGUGCAAUUAUGUAGUUUGGCUUUUACCCAAAGACGAUAUGGGCUCAACUUCUAUCCAAAUGUAACGGUGCAUCUGCUAGGAGAGCUUGUUUACGCCCUCCUCUGUUCAACCUAUUUCUGGGGCGAAAAAUAUUGCAGGUUUUUGGGCCACAUCGAAUACCAAUCACAGCAAGAGUUCUAUUUCUGGCUACGCAAGUUAGACUGUUAUUUUUCUGUCUAUAUUAGUUUGCUGCCGGAUUUUGUCACUCUUGGCUUUACUUCAUUUUGUUUAUUAUUCUUCUUUUUAUGUGUGACUCCAUUGUCUUUUGUUUCUUCGUAAUUAGUGUGAAAUUCUUUUUCUCCUUA